AUGAAAAUUCGCCUUCUUGUGGUAGCUGUCUUUAUUGUCAAUAAUCAUGCUGGGGCGAUUUUGCUUGGUCCUAUGGGACAGCAUGAACUUCGCGAUGCAUGCGAAGAGUUCGGGGAGACCAUGAUCUCCCUUUCCACAGUCAUGGAGUACAAAGAGGACUUUCAACGCUUGUUCUCGUAUUAUUUCUACACUAACAACCAGACCGAAACGGCCGAACACAAAUCUGGGCGAUUCUACGUCCGAGAUGGGGUGCUAUCUGUUGAGGAUGGUGAGAAUCAACUUGAUCACUAUCCUUUCCCUUCUCGAAAUAUUCCGCUUCCUGUCUUGUGCACACAGACCAGUAAUGACGACAAACAAAGACGAGGGAGGACCGUGCAGCAGCAACUGAUUCGAGUCAACUCGGAGAACAACAUGUACGUAGGAUACCGGAACCAAAAAUCAUUUCGUUUCUUAGGGAUCCCAUACGCGGAUGCUCCAACUCGGUUUUCUUAUGCGAAGCCAUACUCUGAAAAGUUCCGCACAAUCAAGGCUACGGAGUAUGGGUCCAGUUGUGCCCAGGUUGCCGGUGGCAGCGAGGACUGCCUGUACCUCAACAUCCAAACGCCAUAUAUCCCGAAGAAGAACUCUACAGCUGGCCUACGGCCAGUUCUUUUCUGGAUCCACGGUGGUAAUUUCGUUGCUGGCGCUGGUUCUGACCCUGCGACGGACGGUGGCAAUUUAGCCUCACGAGAAGACGUGGUUGUCGUGACAUUCAAUUAUCGACUCUCGACGUUGGGCUUUUUAGCGGUGCCAGGGACAGACAUCCAAGGAAACCAAGGGAUCGCUGAUCAGAUCCUUGCUCUUGAGGUAGUUCUAUACAGGAACUGGAACGUGGAUUCAGGCAGUGCUGAUCUGGUGAAGGAGCAGGUGCUAGGCGCCAUUGCGAUGUCGGACGUGAGAAAUGGCGCUGGCAUUAAGUACGAACAUCGUGAAGCGUCAUAUAGCUCAUACCUGAGCGUCUCAGAAUCAUAUCAAACAGCCGGCCAGAAAAUAUUAUUCGAAGCUGGCUGUAAUCAGGACACGACUGAGCAGCAGAUAUCAUGCUUGAGGGACCUUCCUGCGUCUACUCUUGUCAAUUUGCCAACGAUUGCACACCACAUCGUUCAGGACGGGAAAUAUAUCAAUACAACAGACCUAAACCUCAGUGAGAGACAUGCAGGCACCGCUCACGUCCCGGUUAUAUUCGGAAAUGUCGCCGACGAAGGUGCAUCAUUCAUCCCUUUCUCCAAUAACAUCGAGUCUGAGCUCGAGGGUAUCCAAGAAUUUUUGAAUAUCAGCACCACCCAGGCCCUCAAAAUCAUCGAUUCAAACCUGUUCCCCAGUCCCAACACAGGUAAUAUAACCUUGGAUUCUUUCGCUGUUGCCCAACGCAUAGCGACAGACAUUAAAAUCCGGUGUAUAAACCAAGCCGCCCUAUAUGCAGGUGUAUCCACCGGCGUUUUCAAACCAUCAUACUACUAUCAGGUGCAGCGAACAAUUGGCGGCACCGACCCAAAUAACCUCGGCGGACCACCAUCAUCGUCUGAGUAUCCACUCGGAGAUCCAGACCUUUUCUAUUUCCGUCUUCACGGUUCAGACCUACCUUUUGUCUUUGGCAAUCUCGAUGCUGCUCGAGAUCCUCUAGACCUCUUCGCUGCACAGCUCAUAUCAUCCUAUUUCGCUGAGUUCGUACGCUCCGGACAGCCCAAUCCUGACGCAAACUACCUGGCUGCCCGCGGCUAUGAAAGAACACUAGAAGCUGUUCAAGCCUUUGGCCCAUGGGAGCCGGUGCGCAACUCCAGCGGCCCUAUCCACAUGCUUGACUUCCCUAGUGAGAAGACGCCAUUUCAAAGCUUGAAACAGUGCGAGUUCUUAGGGCUUCCGAUUACAUCUUAUCUUGAUUAA